AUGGGUGUCCUCAUCCUUCCAAUGCCACCUAUGACUAUAGAAGAAGUAAUUCCGCGGACAAAGAAAUGGUGGCCACCUUGGGAUUCAAGGAAGCAAUUGAGCAGCAUUUAUUGUGAAACCAGUGGAGUAGCUCAAACUUGUGAUAGACUUGGGAAGAUUCUAGCUGAUGCAGGUGGAGUGCUUACAUCUAAACUGCAGGAAGACAUUAUUCGAUAUUGUCGUGGGUUAAAUCUUGUGUGGAUUGGCAAAUUCAAACUGGAAAACAUGGCUAAUGAGCAAAUGAAGCCUAUUGCCACCCUUCUUUUGGGGUUGAACUUCUGCAUGUAUGCCAUAGUUUUGGGCAUUGGUGGAUGGGCCAUGAACAGAGCAAUAGAUAAUGGUUUUAUUAUAGGUCCAGAACUAAAACUGCCAGCACACUUUUCACCCUUAUUCUUCCCAAUGGGAAAUGCUUCCACUGGAUUCUUUGUAACAUUUGCUUUGCUUGCUGGAGUGGUUGGUGCUGCAUCAGCAAUAUCAGGAAUCAACCAUAUCCGGUCGUGGACUGCUGAGAGCUUGCCUUCUGCAGCUUCAGCUGCUGCCAUGGCUUGGACUCUUACACUCCUAGCCAUGGGAUUUGCCUGGAAAGAGAUUGAGCUUCGUGUCAGAAAUGCACGUCUGAAAACAAUGGAGUCUUUUAUAAUUAUACUUUCAGCUACACAGCUUUUCUACAUAAUAGCUAUUCAUGGUGCUGCUGCAUAUAGAAGAUAA